AUGGAUAGCAACAACAAUAAUAAUAACAAUAAAGAUAAUAAAUUGAUUGUUUUAAAUACUUUAUUUGGUAUUGGAAGAAGAAGAUAUAGAAAACAUGUUGUACUUUUUUGUUCUUUUGUGGUGAUGUUGAUGCUGAUGUGGCUGCGUCAGAAGAAAUGGUUCAUUAUGAUGCUCUCCUAUGUCUUGCCGAGUUCAAUGCUUCAGUGGAUAGAUGUUAAUCAUCAUAUUCUAAAAUCAUCACCAACCAAAGAUAGAAAGAAUAAUAAACCAUACAACAACACUAGCAACAAUAACAAUAAUUUAAUAAGCAAUUCUCCUAAAUCACCUUCACAAUAUCAAUAUCAAUCACAUGAUCCUAUCAACAAUAGCUUUACAAGAUCGACAUCGACUACACAUACCACUAGAAUUAAAUCAGCUCCACGCAUACAAUUCAAUCAAUUACACAAAAAGAAAGUUACACUCUCAACAAUCGAUACUGUUUACUAUGAACAUAUUACAGAUAGGAAGGUUUGUAACUUCACACUGAUAGAAUCGGAGCGUGAUACUCUACUGCGGCUGGCAUCGACUGCCGAUCUCUACCUGCUAACACAGAUCACCGAUGACAACGAAGAGGAAAUGGUUAUCAACCUUCUAAAGAGCUAUGGUAUAUUCGAAGCAGGUUUAAAUCCACACAAAGUAUUAUUUUGUUCAACAACACAAGGUAGAGCACACAUUGCUCGACAUUUAGAAUCGAUAUUGCAUAUAGAUGACGAUCUUACAGCAUUGACAAUGUUGAAACCUCACGUUCAGUUCCUCACUUUUAUAUUCGAUAUCAACGCAGAGACCACCACUACAACUACAACCACGACAACAACCUCGUCCAACACCACCAUUCUCUCAACUACAACCACCUCAAAUUCAAUCAUACAAGAACAAGAUCAAAAUAGAAUAACAACUUGUAAAACAUUACAUGAUUACUUUAUAAAUAUAUUUUGA